AUGCUUUUUAUUAAACAAUCCCAAAUUAUUUCUAUAAGAACAAUGUUCAAUUCUUGCAAAGAGUUCACAAUCAGCGAGGCUAUUAAAAACAUUUCACGAUUUGUGAAUGAAGAGGACUAUUUCACUGACAUAGAAGAACGAUUCAAUAUUCCAUGGAGAAUGAGAAUAUGGAAAAGAAUGGAUAUUUUGAGUUUUAUUUAAGAUGCGAAAAAUAAGGAUGUGAAAACAGAAAAUGGGCAAUUGAAACUGAAUUCACACUAAAACUGAUUUCAUGUAAUGGAAAAAGUUUGACAAAAACAGGGACUUACACAUUUGAAAAUCCGAUUGGAUGCGGUUGGUCUGACUUCAUCAGUUGGAAGGAUUUGGAAAGUGAUUAUGUGGUUGAUGAUAGUGUUGUAAUUGAAGCUCAUGUCAAAAUAAUUAAAAUGAUCUACUCUCCGUGCAUAGAAAACAAAAAUCAGAAAAUAUUUCUACUGCAUCACACGGUUGAAAAUGUUUCGAGUAUUGAAGAAGGAGGUCACUAUUAUACAAAAACAGAGAAACGAUUCAAUAUUCCAUGGAGGCUACUGAUUCAAAGAUGUGAUGGAUUUUUCGGAUUAUAUUUAUGCUGUCAAAAAGAACAAUGCAAUAGAAGGAACUGGACUAUUGAAGUAGAUUACACGCUGAAACUAGUUUCCGUAAAUGGCCAGAGCUUAUCUUCCAAAGUAAAAUACACUUUCAACGAGCCUAAUGCUUACGGCAUUGGCAAGUUUAUUCGAUGGGAUGAUAUGGAAAAUAAGUAUAUGGUGAACGACAGUAUCAUCAUUGCAGCUCUCGUCAAGAUUACCAAAAUGUCUGAAUUUGAAGACAAUUAAAGUAUGACCUGGAUGAUGAAUUGUCUGAAUGUGUGAUCAAUGUUGAAGCGAAAAAUUCCACUGUAAAAAAACCUUUUCUCUUUAUCUUUUCAUCUUCAUUUUGUGAAGUAA